UGAAAACCCCAUAAACUUUGACUUCAGAAAUCUCUGCAAUAGUCGUUCUUGAUUCACAGAGAAGAAACAGCCAUGGAGCGAAGGCCUUUGGAUAUGACGCUUGUCUCAGCCAAAGAUCUGAAAGAUGUCAAUAUGUUCUCCAAGAUGGACGUCUAUGCCGUCGUUUCAGUUCACGGCGAUCCCGAGAAGCAGAAGCAGAAGACCCCCAUCGACAAGGACUGCGGAUCAAACCCUAAUUGGAAUCACAAGAUGAAAUUCACCGUCGAUGAGGCCGCCGCCAAUCAGAACAGACUCACCCUCAAGAUCAAGAUCAAAACAGAUCGGACACUCGGCAAAGACAAAGCGAUCGGUGAAGUGCAUGUUCCGAUCAAGGAAUUGUUUGAUCAGAAAGAUAAUAAGAAGGCCGAUGAAUUCGUUACUUACAGCGUUAGGACUUCGAACGGGAAGAGCAAGGGUGCUUUGAAUUUGUCGUACAAGUUCGGCGAGACAUUCAAGGUUGCUGCACCGCCUCCACGGCCAGCGCAUGCGGGAUCGAAAUCUGGGGAGCCCGUGAUGGCAUAUCCACCACCAGCUGGAUAUCCAGCCGGUUCCAGUUCGGGUUACCCGCAAUAUCCUCCACCGGGUGGGUACCCUGCACCACCUCCUCAUGCUGAAGCGGGUAAAUACCCGUACCAAUAUCCGCCACCUGGUGGGUACCAACCCCCUCAACAUGGCUAUCAGGGUUAUCCUCCUCAGCCUGGUUAUGGUGGCUAUCCGGGUUACCCGCCACAGCAGCCCGGCUAUGGUGCAUAUCCGGGUUAUCCACCCGUGCAACAACCCCCGAAGAAAAACAGUGGCGCUGGGAAGAUGGCGUUGGGUGUGGGAGCCGGAUUGUUGGGUGGGUUGUUGGUGGGUGAUAUGAUAUCAGAUGCUGCAGACAUGGGCGAUGGUGGUUUUGAUGGUGGCUUUGAUUUCUAAUUUCUGUUUUCUAUGUGUUAAUAUUUGCUUUCUUUAUAUGUUACUUUUUUAAAUAUAAGAAGUUAUGUGAAGGACCUGAGAUGAAAUGUUUUAAUAAAUUUUUGUAUUUCUGUUCAUCAGUUUCGUUCUUACAAUUGGUGGAUCCAUUGUCUAUAAUGGUAUACUGUUGGUCAUUCUA